AUAUACAUUGCAAAGGAUGUUAGGGAACAAGCACAAAACGAACUAUCGAUUGAAAAUUGAAAACGUACUUAGGAUUACUUUAAGAAAAUGUAUGAAACGCCGCAACAUACCAAUUGAGUUUUUUCCCAGUGUGAAUGACUCACACGAACGCCCGCAUGCAAACCAACCCUUUUAAAAUUUCGUAUAAGAAAGAGAUUAGCCGCUCACAAAUAUAUCGAUAUCGACGCGUAUCGUCCCUCUAAAUGUGGUUUCGUAAUACAACCUCACCGAGUAUUAUCAACCGCGUUUGGACCAAAUACGGUACUGCUUGUCACAAACCCUUACUUUCGUAGAUAACAUUACCAUUUACCACAUCAAUCCAAUAAUAUGCCACCACAAGCCUAAUAAUGAACACAUCCGCGUCGUCAGAAUUGGAUGAUCUGUGUUUUUGUUUCAGUCGAUUGAUCGAUUGAUUGUAUAGAGUGCAUGUAUGCAGCCGAUCGAUCACUGCAGCAGCAGCAGCAGGAGGAAUGGAGACCUGCUCUGCUGCAGAAUUUCUGAGGAAAAUUCUAUGGCAGUAGAGAUUUAAUUAAGAGAAAAAAAAGAAAAAGGAAGAAGAAACGUAACCCUAAACAUUGAAUGAACAAAGUGAGGUGGUCUGGGAGUUGGGGAACUUUGGCUCUGUCAAAAUGAUGAACCCAAUGCAAAUGCAAAACCCUCUCCCUUUCUUUUGGAGGUCCCAAAAGGAGCCACCGGAGAGAAAGAUAAAAUAAUAAUUGGCAACGAAGGAAAAAAAAAAAAGAAGCUACGAUUCUUAUUGUGGUUCAUUGCAUUUGUCAAAAGUUUUUCUAUAUAUAUAUGGAUACAAAAUAAUAAUUGUAACAAUAAUUGUGGAUCGGUAUCGAGAAUCUUAUCGUAUUCGUCAUACAUGUUUUAUUUUGUUUCUGUUAUAAACGCGAUGCUACGGAUCGGGAAAUCGCAGGAAUCGACAAAGCAAGAAAACGAAAGCGAGAAUCGAAAACACGACACACGAUUUACGUGGUUCACUAACACGACGUGUGUUAGCUACGUCCACGGGCGAGAGAGAGAGCCAGUUUCACUAUAUCGAGGAGAUUACAGAUUACAGAGGAGUAUGAGAAGUAUUUAUAGUACUUCUCCAUGUGGGUCUAAACCUAAUCCAAUCUGACAAAGGAAACGGUUACAGACCAGGUCCAGAACCCGACCCAAAUAACAUUGGAAUCAAAUAUAAGUUGGUGGGGAUGUUAAACGUGGAUAUCUAACAAUUUAUUUACAAGGCUCAAAUUCGUAUCUACUCUAACUGUUAUAAACGCGCUGCUACGGAUCAUGAGACCCCCGAUUACCAGUCGUAGCGGCUGAUAGUCCGAUUCAAGUCACAUCAACAGUUUCUUUUUGGAAGUGGUUGAUUUAGUUUACUCCCUCUAUAAUCUAUACAGUGAGCCUUAUAUUAAACAAUUUAGACGAGUAGUUAAAAAAAUUCUCGAAAUCCUACGAUGUAAACUUGUAUACGCGCGCGCACCCGAUAAACAUUCAUCGCCGUACCAACUCUAACUUAGUGUUUGGAAUAAGAUAACUGAAACUGUGCUACCGUGGAAUGGGAUGAAGUUAUGAACAAAGCAGAAAAAAAGAAAACGUUAUCUCCUUGAUUUCCUCCAUCCAAUUACGGCAUGGCGCAACACUGCCAUAGAAAACGACUCAACUCAGAAUGACAUAUUCUUUGGUUUAUCCAUCCAACGAUUGAAUUGAAGGCAACACCACCAACCACUACAGUGAGUCGUUUUCAGUUUUUUUCACAAAAGGAAUGGCCAAUAGUCGCUUAUGCAAUCCCUUUCAAAGCCUUUGAAAAACUGCUGAAUUUCGAUAUAUUACAUUGCAUAUGGCCCUUCCUUCCAUCAUCAGACUUUGCCCACUAUAAUUGAAGAAAGGGGUAAAGUUUUGAGGUAAUCAUGGCCCUAUUGUACUGGCUGGAACCCAAUCUGCAGUUUUUUUUUGCAUUAUUUACAAUCAUGGUGCUUGCCAAAAGCUCUGCAUAUGAUGGAAGGGUUCGUGCUUUUUGGGGAUGGACAACUGAUGUUUCCAGCUGACAAAAAUGCUUGAAAUCCGCCGAUUCAAUUGGGACUUUUAUACCAAUAGUUUAUUUAGGUAAUAAACCAAUUCGUCCUAAUAAUUUUGAAUGAUUUAGAGAGGUCAAUGUAAGGAUUAACCACUUCUUCACAUGUUAUGCGUUUGUAGUUCACACAAGUCUGUCAUAUACCCAUCUGUUUUAAAGACAGACAAUUAAUGUUGGGAGCGAUCGAUGCAUGAAUCAUCAACAAUUUCUUAACACGAAUCUUAAAACCCCGCACCCUGAUUAUUCACCGUCACAAAAAUGCGAUUUAUUCGGUCGAUUGCCAAUAGCAACUUAAUAAACACAUUCUUGAAAAGCUUGGGCGCGAAGGUAGGAAUCGAUUAACUAUCGUUCUAACGACGCGCAGGCGAACGAACGCGAGAAAUUUACUGAUACCGAUUGAUAUCGACCCUUCUUUUUUUUUUUUUUUUUGGUAAGAGUUCUCGGACCGUUGAAUUGCUCUUCAACGACAUGCAUCGAAACGGUCAAUAACACUUGCAACAUUUACAAAACCAACUGUGUCAACACAUCCUGACUAACCCCUACUAGGCUACUUACUACUACUACUGCUGCUGUGACUGUGAGUGGGAUUUGUGGCAAAAAGGUGACCUCCAGAUGGAUCUAUCGCCCACUGAACUGAAGUUUCUUACAUUUUCGGUGGAGGGUUCAUAAUCGUGACCAUGAAUUCCAUGAUAUUAAUAAUAUAGCGAAAGAGACACUGGAGAGUGAGACAGCAAAUUCAUGCAUGAAAAAAGGAAGUGAGGCCCCCAAUCGGCCCCGCAGCUUUCAUAAUCCAUAUCUAUCUAUCGUUCGUCUUCGACAUUGCAGAAGUUGGGAUAUCUAUUGCCAACUUGCAUCCUAAUCUCUACUCACUACUAAUCCUGUCCCUUGACUGUCGCCAAAUCCCACAAUCUCAAAAGGCCGGGCAUGCAGACGGAGCCAUGAUCAGACGUUUUUACCUUCCAAUGGUGAAUUGCUUAAUAAUGCUAAUGCAAAUGC